UUUUGCUAAUUAACCAUGAACUGUUCAAGACACGUAUUCACCAGCAUUCGUACAUAUGCAACAAAAAGUAAAACCACAAAUUUAAAGUGGAAGCCCAGUGUACCUGUUCAACAAACAACUCUUUCUGACGGUAGUAUUUUCAUUGCACGUCAACCUCUUGUUGAACCUAGCGUUCAAGCCGACGUCGCCCCUCUCAUCAAUAAAGCCUCUGCUACUGUCGCAAAAAAAUUAUCCGAAGCUGAAAUCACCCAAAUGCGUCAAUUAAGAGAAGCCGAUCCUUCCACAUGGACUAGAUCCAAGUUGGCAAAGAAGUUUGGUUGUUCUGAAUUAUUUGUCAGCAUGGCUGCUCCUACCAAAGUCACAGUGAUUGCAGAGGAUCAAGCUCAAUCCGUUGCAAAGCACGGUUAUAGACGUGCAUUAAUCACACAAGAAAGACAAAAGAGAAAGGCCCUUUGGUAGACGAAACAAUAUCGGGAGUGGAUUUUUUUUUUUUUUUAGUUUAUUGAUAUACCUAUUAAUAAAACAAAAUUGUAAUAUA